CGAAUUGAUGACGUUGUGCGCAGGUGGUGAGAAAGGAAAAACUUCGAUUUCGGUGGAUGGGAUUUUCGAUAAAAUAACUACAAAAUUGCCGAAAACAGUGGAAUUUUUUACACUAAAGAUGAUUUAGUGAUAGUGAUUGAUAUUUUGACUUUGUAGUGGGUCGUCCCACCUCAGCAGACUAUGAAUGUCCCGCAUAGGAUACUGACACCAGACGACUCAGCUAGCGGGCAGGACAGUAGAGGGCUCUCACCAACCGGGACAGGGAGCAUGGAAAUGUACGUGGCGCCCAAAUCGUCGCUGCAUGAUGACAUCAUACGUGUCCAUCAUGGAAGCCAAGACGACAGUGACGGGCGAUCCUGUCUCGCCAAAAUGAAGCAAUUCGAUGCCGCCAUAUUUGAUGUGCUUCGAGUAGGGCCUGAGGACUUUGCGAGUCAAAUCACUAUCAUGGAUCUUCCUGUUUUCAAGUCAAUUCAACCAGAUGAAUUGACAAGCUGUGCUUGGACGACAAAAGAGAAAUUGACAAAGGCACCAAAUGUUGUCGCAUUCACCAGGAGAUUUAAUCACGUGAAUUUCUGGGUACAGAAAGAAAUACUGAGUGCUGCUAGUCUCAAGGCCCGGGCUGAGAUUCUGGCACACUUCAUCAAAAUUGGCAAGAAACUGCUUGAUUUGAAUAACCUUCAUGCUGUGAUGGCUGUGAUAUCUGCGUUACAAAGUGCACCUAUAUUUAGAUUAUCUAAGACGUGGUCGAUGUUGUCAAAGAAAGACAGAGCCACCUAUGAGAAGAUAGCGGACUUAUUCUCGGAGAAUAGUAAUCGUCUAAAGUUCAGAGAUUAUAUGGACAACGUCAAGUUACCAACGAUACCAUAUCUAGGUUUAUACCUGACAGACAUAAUCUAUAUCGACGUUGCCCAUCCUCAUCAUGGCGGAUUAGAGAGUCAGCAACGCCUCUUACUAAUGAAUAAUAUCUUACGAGUUAUCGCAGACUUCCAACAGUCGAAUUACGAUCACUUGCCAGUUCUUGAACAUGUACAGAACUAUCUCAAGUCUGUACGAUACAUAGAAGAAUUACAGAAGUUUGUAGAAGAUGAUAAUUAUAAGUUAUCUCUAAAAAUUGAGCCGCCAAAUAGUCAAGGGACGAUAUCGAAAUCUCGUGAAGAUCUUUCGACAGGUCUGUGUCGGAAUCCAAGCAUCGGUGGAUGUGAGGGGACGUCAUCUAAUCUCCUACAGACGCCGGGCGGGUCCGGGUUUGUUCCUGGACAUAGGAAAUCAAGAAGUUUAGGUGCUAACUUUCUAAGUCAAACAAUGCCAACAGACAGGACGGGUAGCCUGCCGUGUAAAAUAACGCUGCCAUACGUCCAGGGCACGCGCCACCUUCUGGACGAUUCGGUACUAGAGGAGGCGCACGCAUCGAGCGAGGGGUCAAUACAAGGUGGGUACGCUGAAACCCAACAGCCGACAAAACAAGAAACCCCCAAGCUCCAGCCGAUAGGUGAAGGAAAAGACAGCUCCGACACUGGAGACGAAAUGGAGAGCUUCUGGCCAGCAAGAGAAAGACGUGGCUCGGUGGAAGUACGCCGAUACAGCUAUAGUUUUGAAAACAUGAGAUAUGAUUCGAGUCUUCCGUCUGCGUCCUAUACUGCCCAUUUCACAUGUCAAGGGUGCCUGAAGCGGAAGACACUCAUCAAAGACGGGAAGAAGCCUGCUGUCUCGUCCUGGACGCGGUACUGGGUGGCAUUAUGGGGGACGUCGCUGCUCUAUUAUCCUGCAAAGUCAUUCAGAGGGCAAGAAAGAUCUGAUUUUCGGUUAAAUCCAAGUAAAAUGAUGUCAAUAGUCGGUUGGAUGGUGGUCAUGAUGGACAACCCGUUACAACCAGAUACAUUUCAAUUAACAGACCCCAUCAAAGGCAAUGUGUAUAAGUUUCGAAGUGGGACACAAGCAAUAGCACUCGAAUGGUGCAGGCAUCUCAAUGAAGCAUCUCGAAGUCAUAUUAAACCUCCCGCAAACCUGAUGAGCUUUGAAUGAUCGUAACCUCGUCGUCACGUAAGGAUUUAUCGUAUUGGCACAAAAAAUAGCCGUUUUUUGACACCAUGUUUGCAUGUGUUAGAAAAGAAGCUGUGUCGAUCUUUGGGUCUCGCCUGUGACCUGCAGGAUUGAGAUUCGUAUACUUACAAAAAGCUGGUGAUCAGUUGCUCCAACGGGAUUGAGCUUGAAUGAUGACGUGAAUUGAUCUUUUCGUGGCAUCACAUGUGCAUGUGCCAAAGACAGUGCUUUCCAGUGAUCUGUUGUAUUGAGGGCAGUAGGUUGUUAUCGUUUAAAAAGGGAUGACGGUUUUGCAUGACAGCUAUGAAGAUAAGGUCAUUGAAUGACUUAUUCUAAAGGAAGAUCCUUGAAUCGCUUUUCAUACCUGUUAGGCUUCAAAUGAAAUGAUAACCUGGUCGUCACGUAAGGACCUAGCGUACUGGUGUAAAGUGGCAUGCUGUCGUAUAAAAGAGACCAUGUAAAAGUUCUGUUUCGUGACAUAUCAUUCAUGUUCUAGAAAAGAUAUGGUGCCUUUUCCUCAGGUUUCGUGUUUCUUACAGGAUCUUGAUAUAUGUGUACGGAAUAAGUCUCUAACCUGUGACGACUAUGGUACAAAACAGAUCAAUGUUGCCCAAAAUAAUUUUUUCAUUUUCCAACCUAAAUGGAAUGAAACAAUUUCUGAAAUUGCUAUUUCCAAUAAGUUUGAGAAAUAUCACUUUGAAAAAUUCUCAAAUACAAGCUGUUUUGUCCACUGUAUUCAUUGCAUAAUUCUGGCAUAAUAUUUGGUCAACUUUUUUGUGCUUGAUGUGCAAAAUAUCUUCCACAUGCAUGGCUUAAUGCUUUAGUUAGUAUCAUUGGAGAUUCUUCAGUGUACAGUAUCACAGGCAAUUAUUGUGUAAGAAAGUGUUUUUUAAGGCAAGAGGUGAAUUGUCCCAAUGCGUUUUUGACCCUGCAGCUUGAACCUUCUUUAUUUCAGCUAAAUCAUUGGAAAAAACGAUGUUAAAAGGAAUUAAAUUUGCUCAAAUUAUCAUAGUUUGGUGUAUAACAGUAAGGUGUUUGGAAUUGGCCCAAUUUCAUCUCACUUUUCCCACUUGUUGGGUGUACGUGUAGCUAACAGCUGGGGAAACGAGGAAAAAUAUUCACAACUUUGCAGGUUUUGGGACUGAAAAGUGACGGUGAAAAACUGUAGACAUGUGAUUUGUAUAACCCUUUCUACUUGGGAUGAAAUGUAUUGGCUUGUAUAGAAUAAGCUACUUGCUUGGUACAUAUUGAACUGUAUUAUUUAUUGAACCAUAAGGAUUUGUGUAAUUACUGGUGUGAAAGGAAUCACAGUACCUCUAGGUGAGACUGAGCAAUACAUGAUUCUAUUGUAAGAUCAUAAUCUAUAUCAUUGGAAUGGGUUCUUAUCACAUUUAAUCAGUCAUUGGGUAAUAGGGAGUGGAGUGUAAGGACUGUUUUUCCAGGAUGGCUAAGUUUACUUUCACACCGGCCAUUUUUUCAGUGUAUUCCAAAAAGGUGAAAUUGAAUAACCAAUCAUCAGUGAUAAACGGUAAAGCAUCUAACAUUUCUCAAUUAACGAGAGUUUGAUUUAAAAGUGGCUGUUUUCCUGAACGAAAAGAAAGAGUAGGAUUAGGUCCUGAUUUAAAGUCUAUUUACAUUUGGUGUCUAUUUGUUUAACAUUCUGUAUAAACCUUAAUUAUUGGUUUAUUUCAAGUUGCACUUUUUGGGACCUGCUGACCAUAUUUUCUGUACCGGUAACCAAGGUUAUCUUUCUUAGAAUAUUUUUUAUCAUGUUGGUACAAUUGUAUUGAUCAUUAAUUUAUAUUUUACCAUGGCAUGCGUUUUGUCUCUUGCCAGAUGUGGAAAGGUAACAUUAGGGCAUAAUCAUAUUUGUGCAAUACUAUAUGCCAGUAGGUUUGGUUUAGCACAUAAUACUUUGACAUGGGUAGUACUCAAAUUCUUUUUUUCAAUGUGUUCUUGAGAAACUGAAUAGUGGAUUAGCAGUGGCGUAGAGGCUUGGGUCUCUAACUAGUUGUGUCUUGUCUCUGGUUCGAUCCUCACUGUCUGUGUGAGACUCUGGGCAGAUUCUUCCUCCACCCAGGUGUGUUGAUGGCCUGGGUUCAAAAGUAGCUGGAAAUAGCUUAUUUGCAGCCUCUUGCUCUGACCAAAACUUGGUAAUAGCUCACUGAUUGUAUAGAGAAUGGGACCCAGUGGCUGACCUCUUCUGUGAAAAAUCCUGGUACUCUUAUAACUAAAGAACUCACUGUAAGUUUGAUCGGCCGGCUUUAUAUUUUCUUGGUUUUGUAUCGUCAUCUGCGAAGUAAAAAUCUCGAUGACGAAAAAUAUGAGCAUAAUAUUGGAGAGUACUUCAACUUUUAUAUGUGCGGCUGCUUUAAGUGCAGCAGUUGAGUUUUAAUAACCAAGAUAAGGGUGUUAUUCUGGUAUGAAACUGUGGCCAGACUCUCCAUCAUUUCUUGGUUUUGGUCAUUGACAAUUUUAUAGGUCAUCUGUUAGAAUUUUAUCAUUGUUGAAAAUUACGGUAAAACACGACAUUGUUAAAAAUUGCAGAAUCUUUCUUAGUGAAACAUUUUAUUGUAAAAUCUUGAUGUUGAAAUGAGCAGGGCAUGUGCCUUUUAACCCAUCUGAAGAAAACAAUACUACCUUGAAACCAAGGUCUUUUAGAAUAUUGAAUUAAAGGUUUACUGUUAAAAGAUAUGUACUGUACAUGUAUGCAUUGAAGGGAAGAGCGCCAACUUCAUCCAGCCUAGUUUAAUAUUUCUGUUAAGUUGGAAUUGUGUGCUUCCUAUGUUUUUAUAGAGGAACAUCAACAAUGUCAGUCCUUUUUGGCUCACCGUAGGGGAGUCUUUACAAUACCGCAGUGUCCGUCGUCCGUCGUCGUCUGUCGUCGUCCGUCGUCGUCGUAUCCUGUUUCAAAAACAGUGGCACGUUUCUUAACCGCUAAGCCUAUGAACUUGUAACUUUGUACACAGGACUCCCUUGGUCAGAUGACCUGUGACACUAAAUUUCGGUCCGAUCUGAUUCUUAAUUUGGCCACCAGGGGGCCGAAUGUAGAUAUCUAAAAAGUGUGAUAUCUCGCUUAUUAAUGACUUGUUUGGAAUAAAAUUUUUGUGGUAGGUACUCAUAGCAAGGAUACAUCAUAUAUCAUACGGGUUUUUAAUUUGACCUACUUUUCAAGGUCACAGAGGUCAAAUGGCGUAAAUUGGCUGUUUCAGUGUAACUAUGGCACGUUUUUCAACCUCCACAGCUAUGAACUUGAAACUUAAUACAUAUAACCCCCUAUACCAGAUAACCUCUGGUGCUGAAUUUCAGUCUGAUCUGAUUCUCAACUUGGCCACCAGGGGGCCGAAUGUGGAUACCUAAAAAGUGUGAUAAUUCGCUUAUCAAUAACUUGUUUUCAAUAAAACUUUCGUGGUGGGUACUCAUAGCAAGGAUACAUCAUAUAUCGUACAAUUUUUUAAUUUGACCUACUUUUCAAGGUUGCAGAGGUCAAAUGGCAUAAAUUGGCUGUUUCAGCGUAACUAUGGCACGUUUCUCAACCGCCACAGCUAUGAACUUGAAACUUGGUACAUAUAACCCCCUAUAUCAGAUAACCUCCUGUGCUGAAUAUCGGUCCGAUCUGAUUCUCAAUUUGGCCACCAGGGGGUCGAAUGUGGAUAUCUAAAAAGUGUGAUAUCUCGCUUAUUGAUGACUUGUUUUCGGUAAAACUUUUGUGGUAGGUACUCAUAGCAAGGAUACAUCAUAUAUCAUAUGGGUUUAUAAUUUGACCUACUUGUCGAGGUCACAGAGGUCACAACGCAGACACAGAUAUGGCCGAAAUUGCAUGUUUUGUGUUUUUCGUGUUGUGGCAAUCCAAAGGUCGUGAGUUCAAACCCCGGUCAGGGACGGCCAAAAAUAUUUUUUUAUUUUAUUAUUUUUUAUCUUUUCCCUUUUGUCUUUUCUGACUUGUAUCUUACAUUUUCUUGAUUUUUGGCUCACUGUAGGGGAGUCUUAUGUAAUACCGCAGUGUCCGUCGUCCGUCGUCGUCGUCCGUCGUCGUAUCCUAUUUAAAAAACAGUGGCACGUUUCUUAACCGCUAGGGCUAUGAACUUAAAACUUUGUACACAGCACCCCCUAGGUCAGGUGACCUCUGACACUGAAUUUCGGUCCGAUCUGAUUCUCAACUUGGCCACCAGGGGGCCAAAUGUCGAUAUCUAAAAAGUGUGAUAUCUCGCUUAUUAGUGACUUGUUUUCGAUGAAACUUGUGUUGUAGGUACUCAUAGCAAAUAUACAUCUUAUAUCAUACGGGUUUUUAAUUUGACCUACUUUUCAAGUUCACAGAGGUCAUAUGGCGUAAAUUGGCCGUUAGAGUGUAAACUAUGGCACGUUUCUUAACCACUAAAGCUAUGAACUUGAAACUUGGUACAUAUAACCCCCUAUAUCACAUAGCCUCUGGUGCUGAAUUUCAGUUUGAUCUGAUUCUCUACUUUGCCACCAGGGGGCAAAAAGAUAUCUAAAGUGUGAUAUCUCGCUUAUAAGUGACUUGUUUUCGAUAAAAUUUUUAUGGUAGGUACUCUUAGGAACAAUACAUCACAUGUCUUACGGGUUUUCAAUUUGACCUACUUUUCAAGGUCAUAGAGGUCAUAUGGUGUAAAUUGGCCGUUGGAGUGUAAACUAUGUCACGUUUCUUAACCAGUAAAGCUAUGAACUAGAAACUUGGUGCAUAUAACCCCCUACAUCAGAUAACCUUUGAUGCCGAAUUUUGGCCUGAUCUGAUUCUUUAUUCGGCCACCAGGGGGCCAUAAUGGAAAAAGGAAGAAGUGCAAUAUCUUGCUUAUUUGAGUGAAUUGUUUUCGAUAAAAUUUUUAUGGCAGGGACUUCUAGCAAGGAUACACCACAUGUCCUACGAUUUUUGGAUUUGACCUCCUUUUCUAGGUCACAGAGGUCAAAUGGCGUAAAUUGGCCAUUAGAGUGUAACUAUGGCACGUUCUUAACUGCUGAAGCUAUGAACUUGAAAGUUGGUACAUGUAACCCCCUACAUCAGAUAAUCUCUGACACCGAAUUUUGGCCUCAUCUGAUUCUUGAUUUGGCCACCAGGGGGUCAAAACUGAAAAAGUAGGACGUGCAAUAUCUUGCUUAUUAAUGACUUUUUUUCGAUGAAUUUUUUAUUGCAGGGACUCUUAGCAAUCACACGAUAUUGAUCUUGUUGAAGUCAUAGACAAUUAUUGGUUGGAUCAUAAAUUUAUAUAUACUGCCCUGUCUUAUUACUUGACAUCAAUACACAUCUAAAAAAAGUCUUCAUGCCUGAUUGUGUUCACCAUAUUCACCUCUAAACUAAGCAUGAUCCUGCCUACUAAAAGAUGUAUACGGUGAGCACAAUGGCCCCUGGCCGUUUCAUUUUAAUAUCGUGGAGUUACAGUUUAAAAUAUCUGUUUAGCUAUCAAAAAUAGAUACUUAUCAGGCUGUAAUUCUAAUAGUCUUAUCUAUUUUUGUUGAUUUGGAUGUCAGAAACCUGCCAAAUUAAAUUGUAAAUUAUAUUUUCACUUCACGGAUUUGCUGCAUGCAGAGGUCAAGCCCAUAAUUAUAAAUGUUUAUAACUGUAUAUAAAUGGUUGAUAGGAGGCUGGUAUUGAAUUUCUUCAUUUGCUAUCCUCCGACUACAGGGUAAUAGAUGAAGUAGAGGCCUGAGAAAGUGCUUUGGGAUAUUGAAGUUCUUCUGGUCAACAUGUUCUGUUUUCUUUUAAAUUUGACUUCCGGCUAAGUCUUCAAAGCAAAACACUACUGAUGACCAUUGGGAGAUGAAGGACUUAAUAAGAAUUUCAGGAGGUCACAGCAAACAAGAGGUUUCAAGUUAGUCUAACCAAGUGUUGAAUGGAAAUAUAGGUGUCUAGAUUAAGAAAAUGACAUUUCGAUGUGUACGGUAUUACGUUGUACUGAAUGAUUAUAGAUUUUGCCAAAUGUAGAGAGUCAGAAUUGUUAGUUUCAAACCUGUUUUUCUGCUGCUAUGAAUUUGUAACUUGCUUGAUUUUUAACGGAUUUUCAUUGUUACAAAGCCCACUCUCUUUCUUUAGGUUGGCAAACUUUUGAAGAGGAACUCAUAUUUUCUUUGUAAAUUGUUACCAGGGGUCAUAUUGAUGUCCCAGAAUGGUUCAGGAUAUCAAAAUAACUGGGACACGAACCCACUUGUAUACCAUAAAUAUUUAGGUGCACUUUUUCUUCCGAUGGCAAAAUCAGCAAUGAUUUUAAAUCAUCCAUUGUAGAACCUUCAAGUAACAUUGAGAAGUAUCUCCCAAACUCUGUAGUUUGUCGAUUGAAUCAUUGACAAAGUUAUGAGCUAUUUUUGCAGUAUUUUGAAAGAUUAUUUUGUGACGGUCUAUUUUCAAUUACAAUUUAACUUUGCUGCUCUUCCUGCCCAUGAUCAAUGUAAAGUACUGUAAAAUUGAUAAAUUAUACUUCAAAACACUAA